ACGAGCGCUUGGUUUGGUAGCGGAAAGAGGGUAAAAAGAAAGAUUGACACACGCAGUUUAGGUGCAUCUUUGUCAGUCGUUUUCGCAGUUCUUGUUAAGCGCAAAAAGUUUUCAAUGACGAUGGAAAAUCAGGAAGAAAUAUUGAUGCUGCUAGAGCGUUUCACCAAAUCGAAACAAAAGGACAUCCCGCGGGAACUCGAGGACUAUCUGAACUUUGUCGCUCGCACGGGCGAUACACUGUACCGUUGGGUGCUAGUGAAGCCGCUUUUCCGGGAAAAGCUGGUCAAUGUAAUUACUGACUUUCAUCACAGCACACCUAGCAUUGCAGAUAUUCCUCAAUGUCCCAAUGUGGAUCCGUUCAACUUCGAAAGGAUGAAGCGGGCGCUGCUGGACCGGUUGGAUUCGUUCAAUUCGGCUCCCUUCACGGUGCAACGCAUCUGCGAACUGCUUACGGAACCGCGCAAACAGUACACACGGAUUGAUAAGUUCAUGCGAGCUGUGGAAAAGAAUAUUUUAGUGGUUAGCACGCAGGAACCGGGUCGCCGUCGGAGUGAUAGCGAAAAUGGCGAUUCCCUCGAUUCGAUCGUGAACGGUGAUCUGGAAGUGAACGUUGAUAUCGAAAUGGACAACGAGCAAUUCCAUCUGGAAGCGGAUGCACUGCUACCGGACUCGAGCGACCCAGUCAGUUCGCUGCACAGCUCCCUUGCGGAUGUUGGCUCUUCGCAGCGCGCCGACGAAGACAAUGAACUGAACGGUGGACGAGUUGUUGGCGCCUUCAUGCACAACGAUGCGGGAAAUCAAAUCGCUAAGGGUGGAUUAAACUCCGAUGGACAUCAGGAUGUUAUUGAUACGAAUGAAAAUGCCACGGAUGGAGAUAUAGCAGCACCCCUCCUGGAAGCUUCCCUUGAAUCAUCGUCCACUGGGACGGACACAACCGAACCGACCAGAAAGGAGGAUAAUAUUGACAAAAAAACCCUGCAAGAGGCAACUCCUUGCGAUGAGGAAGUUGCUAAUACGGAAGCACCCGUACAAACGGAUCGGGAAGAAGAAAUUACGACUGCAAGGGACGCUUUAACAGAGGCAGAUAAACCACACGAAGAUUCAGCAGUGCCCGAAACAAAAGAAAAUGUGGAAAAGGCAAAGAAAGUAGAUGAAAUUAAAUCUCAGCCAAGUUCAGUUGCAGUUGGCAAAGAUGAGGAGGACACUACGGCUCAGGAAAACGAUGAGCCGAAAGCUAAAAUGUUGAAGUACGACGAAGAUCCACUUCCGGCCAAGGCGAUCUCAUGCACCAGUGUUAUCAAGGCAGAUGUUCAUGCUUCCGAUGACAGUGAGUCAUUAUCGAUACAGCAGGAAAGUACGCGAGCGGUUGAGGAAAAAGUUGAAGCAUCAAGCCCGGAGAAAUCAACGUUUGCAACGGACGAAACGGUCAAAGACAACGCCACCAUUGAAAGCAGUUCCAUUGUUUCGGUGGAACAAACACUCACAGCUAGUGGUGAUGGGGAAUCAGAUAGUGUUGUCACCAAGGAAAGUAGUAAAACCGAUGACGAUGAUCGUAAAGAACAUUCCAAGAGUGAUGAGGCUGAGCCAACGGAAUCAUCCCCAACUACCGUUUCUGAGCCAACAGUGGAGAUACCUCAGGAAAUAGAUGCAACCGCGCAUACUUCCACAAACGCAGCCGAAAUGGAAGCUGUCUGUGUAGAACCAACGAUACAGGUUGCAGCAGAUGACCGCACGACUGCACAGGAACUAGAAAUGGAACUGGCUACGGUAGCCGCUGCGGCUGCCGCAUCGGCAGUUACACCCUCGGAGAUUGUGGUAGAAGAGGUAGAUAUGACUGGCGAAGCAGCAGCAACGGAAAUGACAGAUGUAGACACAAAAGCGGACGACAAUGUGAUGGACAUUGACGAAUCAAGCGUUGAGAUGAUGGAUCAGUAGAUUUGAGGGCGAUUCAGACCUUCAGACCGCGUUUCUGUAUCACCAGGAGCAAACCGCUCUCGUGUUGGCACCUCGGUUGAGACGAGACUGCCGCUGUCUGCUCGUCUGUUGUAUUAAUGCUAAUCUUAAUGGAUCGAUUUUUUAAAGGACAAAUAAACUAAAACACCACUAGA